UAUCGAGACUCGAUCUUGGUCCUGAUCGCCGCAACACCAAGCCAGCCACCGCGAGUCCAUCGCCCAAGCCCAGUGUCGUCCCUCUCCGUCUCGUCUUUGUCGUAUCGGAAUAUCCUUCGCCAUGACCGAGCCACAGCAAGCCGUCGGCCACAACCCGCUCUUCGAUCCCAUCAAUUCGGACAAUCCCGUGACCGAGAUUGAGUCCUAUUGCAUGAACUGUGGCGAGAACGGCAUUACCCGGCUGCUCCUCACCAGCAUCCCGCACUUCCGCGAUAUCAUUUUGAUGGCAUUCGAAUGCCCUCACUGCAACUUCAAGAACAGCGAAAUCCAAUCGGCUUCAGCCGUUGCCGAGAAGGGCUGCACCUUCUCCUGCCGCAUCAACGGCCAUGAUGAUCUUAACCGCCAGGUCGUCAAGGCAGACUCUGCUUCUGUGCGGUUCGAGGAGCUUGACUUUGAGAUUCCGCCGGACUCUCAGCGUGGUGUGCUGAGCACUGUCGAGGGCAUUUUGUCUCGUGCUGUCGAUGGCCUCAGCCAGGAUCAACCCCAGCGCUUGCUCCAGGACUUUGCCGUCUACGAAGCCAUUCAAGCGAUCAUUGAGAAACUCCAGGAUCUCCGGGAGGGCCAGACUCCAUUCACCUUCAUCCUCGACGAUCCCGCCGGCAACAGCUACAUCGAAAACCUAUGCGCUCCCAACCCCGAUCCGGCGCUGCAGAUCAAGCACUACGCCCGCACCCGCGAGCAAAGCGAACAGCUUGGUCUGCAAGUCGAGGAGCCCGAUAUCGUUGACGAUUUCGCUCGAGAGGUCAUGCAGUUCGAGGGCAAUUGCUCUCGUUGCAACGCCCCUUGCACUACCAACAUGCACAUGCUUGACAUUCCCCAUUUCAAGGAAGUCGUCAUCAUGGCCACUGUCUGUGACGCCUGUGGAUACAAGAGCAACGAAGUCAAGGCCGGCGGUGCCAUCUCCGAAAAGGGCAAGCGUAUCACCCUCAAACUCGUUGACUCCGAGGACCUUAACCGUGACAUUCUGAAGUCUGAGACGUGCGGCUUGUACAUUCCCGAGGUCGACCUCCGACUCGAUAGCGGCACACUUGGUGGUCGGUUCACCACCAUCGAGGGUCUGCUCAGCCAGGUCCACGAGGAGCUGGACAACAGAACUCCUUUCAUUGAUGGUGACUCGUCGGAGGCCAAUCGCCGCGAGCGCUUCCAGGGCUUCCUCGAACGUCUCAAGAAGGUCAUCAACUUCGAGAUUCCCUUCACCCUGGUCCUCGAGGAUCCACUCAACAACUCGUACUUGCAAAACAUCUUUGCUCCUGACGACGACCCCAACAUGACUAUCGAGUUCUUCGAUCGGACCUGGGAGCAAAAUGAGGUUUUGGGUCUGAACGACAUGGUCACAGAGAACUACACGAGCACGGGCCAGCGGGCCAUUCAGGAAGAGCACGAGGAGGCAUAGCGUUCGUGUGGGUUACCGUUUUGCGGGGAUUGUAACGCUCGCAAAAUGAAAUCGGACGCCUGUUUUAUAGCUGAUCAACCGCUCAUCUCUUUGGGUGGGAAUACAAAUCCGAGGUUCAUUCGCUA